UUUACAUCUAGCGAAAUGGUCUAUAUCAGUGUCAUUCAUCUAUCAUUUCUUCUGAUUUUAGGGAUUACUCAUGGAUAAGUUUAGGUUUAGGUGUAGGGAUGUGGUCAAGAUUAAAAUUUUGGAUUAAAAUGUUGUUCCAGGGUCAACAAAAUAUGUCGACCCAGGAACACAUCUAACUCAGCAAAAUCAGGACAUGCACGCACAUCCACCAGAGAGAACAAUGAGAGCUCUGCCAAACAUAUAAAAGCCCACAUUCUAUCAGGUUCAUUUGACAAAUGUCUACAUAUAAAGGCUAAUGUUGAUUAGGAAAAUAAUGAUGGUCAUAUUAAAACAUAUUUGUAUGUGGCAGAUAAUUACAUUUCCUUUUUGUGUUUAACAUACUGUGGGGUCUAAAAGUCUUGAGACCACAAGUAAAAGGUUUAUACUUCAAUGAAAAAUCUGACUUUUAUGAACAUAAAUGUUAGAAUGUCUUUGACAUAAAUUGUACAACUAUUUCAGAAUUCUAAAAUUCUAUACAGUUCUAAUAAAUUUUAAUAAAAUUCUGCAUUAUGCACACAACACGGUUACACUUUUACAGGAUGAAAGCACGAAAAACAUCAGUGGCAUUUUGCGGGUGAAAAUGCUUUAUUUAUGAGAGGUAAGAGGAGAACGCUGGUGCAGUCUGACACAAAGGCAUGAGCUCAUGAAACAGCUGAAGAAGCUCUGAAGUGUGAACCUAUGUGAGACGGCCAGCCCAGGUACCCAUGCGGGGUGUGUGGUGGGCACUUGUCCAGAACCGGACAACAUAAAAUGUGGACCAGUCUGAUCUGGACCUCAUUCUGUGUGUGCAGAUUCAGGAGACAUAAAGCUCAUACUCAGAGCCCAGGGAAUCGAUUUUAGGAUAUAAUAAAUACAAUACAUUUGUUUAUCUUUAAAUAAAGCAUCAUUAAAAUGGUGCAAUUGUACAACGAAGAUCUGUCUAAUGUUCCUGUUCUUAAAAAUGAAAAGAUAAGAAACAGGUAUUUCCUAUCACUUUCAAAAGAUCUUUUGCUUCAGGCAUCAAAGACUGAGAUCAAACGGAAUAUUUUUACAGCAAUGGCAAGAAAUGGAGUCACUAGCAAACCCUUGUGAAGGAACAUUUAUUCAGAAACUCACAGUAUGAGAACAAGUGGCUGCCAGAGUUUACUGAGAGAACCUGAUGUCUGUUAUCAACAUCCAAGCUAGCACAGGGUAAAAACACAACAUUUACAAGAAUAAAGACCUUACACAAACUAUUCUAAGAGGAUUGGAAUACACGACAUUCUGAAAUGAACUUCAGUGUUUUAUAAGCUUUUUUUUUUUUUAAAGGAAUUCGAAUAUAUGUCAACAUUUUUCUUUAUAAUAAAAGGUCAUUUCUUUGAGCAUGUGCAUUUAUGAAUAAAACUUGCAAUGAUUAAGUAAUCGAAUAGUUAUAACCUUAUAAACAGGAAAAGGGCCCAUUUUCCAAAAGUCGCCAUGCAUGAACCUACUUUGUUGAAAUUUGCGGAUCAAUUCCUUUCCACAAAACACUUGGCAACAAACGCAGCCAUGACAAAAGGAGCAAUUGGGCGAGAGAAAUGAGGCUGUGCGCAGGAGGACAGCCGGCCGAGUCCGCGCAUGCGCACCGCGCUCUCACUGCAGAGGGGGGUCAGUGAUAGACGCAUCGCCGCUGACCGAAUGACGCCGAACCAAGAUGAGCUCCGCCGAGUCCCGUCCGCUUUUCCGCGCAGAAUGACGCUCUCCGCCUGAAUCCCGUCGGCGCCCAGAUGGACGACGAGCACAAGCAGCACAAGUUCAUCUCGUUCCUGUUCUACCAGGCGGUGCGGGACCUGAAGCCCGUGUGGAUGCUCGAGGACAUGCGCACCAUGGAGACGUUCUACUGGGAGGAGGACGCCAAGCAGAGGUCGUACAGCCCGUCCGAGGCGCUGCUCUAUGCGAUCGUGCACGACCACCGGGCGUACGCGCAGUACCUGCUCAGCCACUACUCGGACGAGGCGCUGGCCAUGCCGGGGGAGCGCUUCUGCUGCUGCCCGUCCUCCGCGCCGCACCUCGCCAUGGCCGUGCGCUACGACAGGCGCGACAUCCUGGGCCACAUUCUGCAGGUGGCGCAUCGGCAGCCGGGCCUGCGCUCCUACAUGAACCGCGGCGGCUGCUUCCACCUGGAGGACGGCAAGACCCCGCUGCACUUGGCCUGCGAGUUGCUGCGCGCGGACGCCGUCAUGCUGUUGCUAGGCAACGGCGCGUCCCCGCAGGCCGUGGACCACAACGGCAUGACGCCGCUCGACGUCGUUCUGCAGCAGCUCUGGGACUCCAAGGCGAACGUCGGGGCCAAGAAGUCGUGCCUGGACAACCUGCUGAUGUUCAUGCCGGAGAUGCGCUUCAAGAUGAAGAGCUCCCUGCAGAAGGAGCCCAAGUGCUGGUCCAAGGUGCUCGGCGAGGACAAGCUCAACUACCUCAUCGGACGGAAUCCGGCGCCGCUCUUCCUCAUCGCUAUGCAAAGGAUCCUGGCGCAGCUCCCGCCCGAGCAGUUCCCCAAGAGCCUGGACAAGCUUCCCAUCCCGGCCUCCUUGAAACCGCUGCCCAAACCCCCCAAAACACGCGGACAGCUCAAAGUGGCCUAGACCGGUUCCGCUAGCGCUCGUCUCGGCAUGAACUGUGUGUGUGCGCGCGUGCGACAUGAUUUCCGCGUGCGUGUGUUCUGGUAGCCAUAUAUGGUUUCUGAAGACACAAAUGUGUGUAACGACAUCGGUAUUACAACAUGAACAUGGUUUAUAAGGAUUUCACUGUGUCCUCAUAAUCCAAAUAUCUUAAAACACAUACUAAAGUGUUUUUUUGAAACGCCUGUGGUGUUGUGUGUGGGGUGAGCUUAGGGUAAGGGGAUAGAAAAUACAGUUUGUACAGUAGAAAAUCAUAUAUAUAUACAUAUAAUGCAUAUGGAGAGUCCCCUCAAACCACAUAUGCCAACAUGUGUGUGUGUGUGUGUGUAGCAUGAAGUGUACAAUGAACCAACAAAAGCAUCAUGGUCAUGAGCUUACAUGAGCAAUAUUGUCUUCCUGUUUGUUGUCUUACCCUCGUUUCAAGUACAUCGUGUAUAUGAAUUCAAAUCAAUCAUCUUGAUUGAAACUUUUAUAUCUGAGAUAUGCAAACUCUACUGUACGAGCUCACAUGAGAUUUAUUUAUGAGAGCUGUGUGGCUGUUUACCUCGUGAACCUCAUGUGCUGAUCUGAGAGCAGUGGAAUGGACCAAUUAAAACAAUGAUCAUGAUCCAAACCGUCUGUGAUUGUCCUGGUCAGGGGUCCGGUUUGUUACUGUGAUUUAGAGGCGGAUGGAGCUCCAGCGGAGCCUGUUCAUGUGAUCGGGGUCGAUCGUUCGGUCAUUUACAUCCUCAGGUGUGUCAGAGCAGUGUGUGAUUUUUGUAUAUAAAAAAAGAUGUUUAUUUCAAACUCCUGAAUAAUAAAACAACAGAAGUGAUCUGAGAACACAGCUGUCUUCAGAAUAUGAUUAUCGCAUCCAAUCGAAAUCAUUACUUGAUG